UGGGACAUAUUGCUUUGUGCUGAGGAGAACCGAUUCAGAAAGUGCGCGCUUUAAACUGAAGCGAACAAAGAUUCAACCGUACAACGAAGGAUAUUUAUGAAACCAAAUAGUCCACAUGCUUGGCAUUAUCAACCAGACAACCACCAAGAUGCCAGCUAACAUGUUCUCGGAGGUAAAUGCAAACCAAAUACCCGAAGACCACCGCGCACUGCAACUUGCAUUCGAGCUCUCGGUGCUGCGGAUGAACGGGGAUGAAGAGGUUCCAAAUCUAGCAUCAUCAACUAUGGAUUCUGAAACGGCGAGAAAGAGAAGUGCAAACAUGACGGAAUGUGUGCCAGUCCCAAGUUCGGAACAUGUGGCCGAAAUAGUCGGAAGACAAGGAUGCAAGAUUAAAGCCUUGAGAGCCAAAACCAACACAUACAUCAAGACUCCCGUCCGUGGGGAGGAACCGGUGUUUGUAGUGACGGGCCGAAAGGAAGAUGUCGCCAUGGCGAAACGAGAAAUUCUAUCAGCAGCCGAACAUUUCAGCCAAAUUAGGGCAUCCCGCAGAAACAGCAGCGUGUCCAGUUCCUCCUCUGUGACCACCCCCGGGCCCAACGGACCACCCAGCCCCAGCACACCUGGCCAGGUAACGAUCCAGGUACGAGUGCCCUACCGUGUGGUCGGUCUAGUAGUGGGACCCAAAGGAGCCACCAUCAAGCGGAUCCAGCAGCAGACACACACCUACAUCGUGACCCCGAGCCGCGACAAGGAACCAGUAUUUGAAGUAACCGGACUACCAGAAAAUGUGGACAAGGCCAAACUAGAAAUCGAAAGCCACAUUGCCAUCCGCACAGGGGGAGUGAUUGACGGACAGAAUGAAGACGACUUUCAAACAAAUGGCAUCGAAACAGGCCUUCAUGAGCUGCAUGGAAGCAGUGACAUAUUUGGAUUCAGCAAAGUGCACAAUGGACUGAAUGCUUUAAAUAAUUUUCACAAUCUUCAGAAUGGGAAUGGACUUCACAAUGGUGACACCAACAUUUUCAAUUUUCCGACAGUCAAUGGAUCCAAGAUUGGUGAUUUCUCUUUGGGAAAUAUGAUUGGAACCUUCAAUGGCUUCGGAAGUUUUGACAACGAUGAGGGUCUUGGUGGUUCCCCCUCCUUUGAUCCUUUCCUUCCCUCCCACUCGGUGUGGUCGGAUGUCGACAACUCCUGUCAGUCCUGUGUCUUCACCACCAGUUCUGCAAAUCACCCCCGCGGUCCAAGUAGCCUCGGAAACAGCACUCCGAGACAGAUGUCCCCCUCCAUCACAGACUCGCCCACCAGUUCAUCCAAUGGGAACUCAAGCAGCAAUCCCCCAUCGCCCCCGCUUAACAACCUCCUGGAAGGUAUCCAUGGAAACACUGGCUUGCUCAAGACAUCAAUGAACGGGACCCAGGGUUUUCCCCACACCUCGGUCGUCAUGGAAAUGGGGCUGACCACCAGCUUCUCACCUGCCAUCACCACAUCGUCCCUGGAGAAAUCCCCCGGGGGCGUCUCCAUUCCUGUGCAGGUACCCAUGGUAAACGGUCGCCCGAGACGUCAAUGUUUAAUGUGUUCAGAUAGUGAAAUCGUGGCCGCUCUUGUUCCUUGUGGCCACAAUCUCUUUUGCAUGGAAUGUGCAAAUUUAAUCGUGGAGAAACCCGCGAGGGAGAGAAUUUGUCCCGUGUGCAACCAAACCAUUUCUCAGGCAAUGCGCAUCAUAUUCUCUUAGAAAUCCGGCGCAGGAGAAAGUAAUCCCAAGAACAAUUUCUGAACUUGACCAGACCAGAGUGCAUUUUGUUCCUUAAAUAUGAGAUUAUGUUAUAUAUUUGGAUUUUUUAUGUUUAGUGAGGUUUUUUGCAUUGACAAAGAACAAAGAAAAGCAGUGCUAUGCAAUGCAGGUGUGGAACUAUUUCCCUAUGCUGAGAGCAUGCCUCCCAGUAUAUUAUCCAUUUCCUUUGAGAGCCUGAAGUUGAUUUGGGGGGGUGGGGACUGUGAAAAGCUAUUCAGGGCAUACCUCACAACCAGCUGAAGGAAUUGGUGCAGUGAUUUUUAUCAGUCAAAAGGACCAAAUGAACUGCAGGCUUGACACAUCGUUAUUAUUUUUCUAGCCUUAAUUUGUUAUAUAAUCUAUUAACAAGCAAGCACAGUAGUUUAAUUUUUUUAUUUGCAAAAGAAUUUAUUUUUAUAUUCCAAUUGUCUCAUUGUUAAACGUAGAUAUAGCGUUGGUUGUUUGAGAGGGCGUGAAUGUAUAAGGAGAAACCCCAGCAGACCCGACUAUUUUUCCUUUGUCCAUUUUUUUGUUUUGUAUGUACACUUUAUUUUUUGAUUUAUUUGGACAUUUAACGGGAACCAGUCACCACGACCCCCUCAUUGUGUUUGGACGAGCAGCCAGAGCCCUUCCGUGUCUGUGUACAUUCUAGCGGAUAAAUUUCCUAUUAUUUUUGUAUGGAAUCGGAUAAAAUUUCAUGUGUUCAUUGCAAAUCAUCACAGAGACUGGUUAUUUCAGAACAAGGCUGCUCCAUACAGGGGUGUUUGGACACACCCGGCAGCCUUAACCACUGAUUCUCUAUUGUGUAUUGACGUAUAUCUAUAAAUAUAUAUUAUGCAAUGAAAUGGAAGAUAAAAUAUUUUUCAACAGCACCAAUCACCAGAUUUUUUGUUGACCUGCUGUCCACCAUAAGGACUUUAUAUAUAUUAUAUAAAUAUAUGUAUGUAUUGUGUAUUUUAUCCUUUUUUUUGUUGAGUAUAUCUUGGAUGCUUGCUGGUCAACACGAUGUCGUACCGAUGCCCAAGUCCUGGAAUAUUUUUCUACACUUGUACGUAGUGUGUAUAAGUUUACAAUAUGUUCCCUUUGAAAUAUAUUUUUAUAUAUAUUUGAUUGUAUUAUAUGUGAUAUUGAAUAUUAAGCUUCCAUUGGUCUUUAUAAAAGUGUGUAUUUGAGGCUCAUGGCUUUUCUCCGUAUUCUAUUGUAAACUGGCUUUACACAUUGAUAUGAUUUUUCCUUUAUUAUAAACAUCCAGAAAAAAAAUAUUUGCCAAACAAAAAAUCACAGACAUGUAUAUUAUAUCUCUUCAUCGGCUCAUUUAUUUCUCUAUCUUGGGGAAAGAAAUCAUAAAUCUUUUUUUGAACAACAUUGUACAUGUUCCUACAAACUUAUCAAAGCAUAAUCAUUUGAAUCUUCCCGUGCAAUAACUGUAAUCAAAUAUCCAGCACUUUAUUUCUGUGUAUAUUUAGAUCUGGUAGCCGUCAUAUCAUUGUAGAGAUUUUGUUAUUGUAUAUCUAGAAAUAUCUUGUUGUACUCGUCAUAUCCAGAAUUGUCUAGGUUGUGUUGAAGUUCAGUCUCGGAACUGUACUGUUAUAGAUAUUUUAUAUGAUUAUCGAUAUGCCAAUUUGGUGCUCAGUUUUAAGUUUGCCAAUUUUAUUUCCAUGGAACGGCUGGAGUGUUGCUUGGAACAUAAAGUUUUCGCUGAGGUACCUUGGGGGAUGCCCAGUCAGCCCCGGGGGAAAAGAAUAUGGUCCCAUUCAAGUAGUUGCUAAUUGUUGCCCUUUGUUGCAUGUUUCUUUAUAUGUUUAGAGGUAGUUUUUUCCUAUAAGAGUUUGUUUAUUUUGUUGAUGCUAUAAAUAGGAUAUGGUCCAAGGCUUCAAGUUUUCUUUAAUGAUCAAAAAUGGAAUGUUUGGGAAAUUUAGGAAAAGAUGUCUUUUUUAAGCUGGUUUUGUUUUGAGUUUGGAUCUUUGUAUUUAUUUUAUUUCAUUUUGACAGCUUCUAUGUUUAGUACAGGGUAUUUUUACUUUGACACAAUUUCUGCUCAUCCCAAAUCUUAACUUUUUCUAUCAUAAACAUUUUAGUAUCUCAUAGCUUCAAACAAAACUUUCUGUGCAAAAUAUGCCAGAAACUAACUUAACAACCAAAGAUAUGAAUUAUAACCAUGUGCAGUGCUAGUCAAUCAUUUUAUAUCCCCAUCACUACCUUUUAUUUUGUUUUAGUUUCUCACAAACUUGUAUCAAUUUUUUUGUUUUUUUAAUGUCAUUAUAACUCAUAAUUUUGAAAGAAUUAGUAUUCACCAUUUUAGAUUUGCAAUUAGAUGAUUCUUGCCUUUUUUAUUUUUAUAUACCAUCCAUUGAUUCUGUGUGACCAGCCUAUAACAAGAUGUUUUUAUGCAUAAUGUACCUGUGUGUGUUUGUCAUGGCCGUCUGUCCUAUUGUUGAUGUGCUUAGGUAUUCUAGAUCUGAACACAAACCACUCAAUUACUUUCUAUCCACUUUGUUACAAAGAAACUUACGAUUUAUGCAAUAUCCAUUUUUCUUACCACGGGCUGUAUUCCCAGCUUCACCAUGGCCACUUCUCACAAUAUUGUUUUCUUUUUAUAAAAUUCCAUUUUACCCAGUUGUCAAAAAAGAAUUUUUUAUACCAAAACAAAAAAAAAUUGUUAAAAAAGGUGAAAAAUUUUAUUCUAUUAUAUGAAUGGCAUUGGUUGGUGUCAUUUGAUAUUAUAUGACUUCAGGUCAAGGUUAAAUCAGACCAAGUCAGGGUCAUUUAAUUGCAAGCACCAGUCAUAUUAUGUAGAAUACAUCAAAUAUGUGUUAUUACAGACAUUAUUGAAAAUGAGAAGAAUAGACACAAGAAUUAAAUGCUUUAUUUUAUAAUGACAUAUUUACCAGUUAAUCCUGUAUUCAAUAACCCUCCGGACUUGCUUUUGAAUUGAAUCACAUUGUGUAUUCAAAGGUAGAGACAAAUUAUUGCAGUAUUAUAUAAAUACGAAAAAUAACUUAUGUAAAUGACUUGUACUGUUGUUGUGAUUUUGAGAGUAAUAUAUAAGAAAGCUUGGAUUCUGUACAGAGCUUGCUGUCUAGAUAGUGUUUUUUGUAUUUUAAUAUUAUUUACCUUGUAAUGUAUGUCAGAUAAUCUUGAGAUGCAACUGUUUGAGACAAAAAGUAUAAAGAUAUUUUUUAUUUUAUCAGGGUUUCCAGUAGAAACUCGUGAAUAUUAUAUUUGGUGAAAUUAUAAAAAAUGUAAAGUUUUAUUUUUCUGCAAAUAAAAAUCUUACCAAUACA